GAUUCUUCAAUCUGUGAAUCUACAAAGCCCACGUUUUCCGGAGUCACAGUUCCACGUUACGAAACCACACCCACCAAAAGAAUGGCGUCCACCGCUCCUCCGCCGACGAUUUUUCGCGCUAGUCCGCUGUUUCAGCCGGCGAGAGCGGCUCGCAUCUCACUGCCGUCCUCCGUCGGGGCAUCGUUGGCCAAUCGGGCAUCAAUAGCCGGCAGGACGGCAGCGAAGAAGAAGAAGAAGGGGAGGAGCCUGACGGUGGUUGCGGCGGUCGGAGACGUCUCGGCCGAUGGCACGACAUACCUGAUUGCCGGCGCGGCCGUGGUGGCUCUGGUCGGGACCGCGUUCCCCAUUCUCUUCUCCCGCAAGGACACGUGUCCCGAAUGCGACGGCGCCGGCUUCGUCCGGCAAUCGGCGGCAACAUUGAGAGCCAACGCGGCGAGGAAGGACCAAUCUCAGAUCGUGUGCCAACGUUGCAACGGCCUCGGCAAGCUCAACCAAAUCGACAAAUGAGCGGAGAGAUUUCUAAGAUUUGUGCUUCUGCGGGUAAUACUGCAAUCACCAUAUUCGGAACAAGACAUACUUUCUAGCCGUAAUACUCUACAUCAGGAAGUAGAGUAUAGCCGUAAUUACUAUAUUC